AUGAGAAUAGAAGAGCUGCAAAGUAGUCUAGAGGCACAAGAGUUGCGUCUGACUGAAAGAACUUCUGAGAGGGAAGUUGAGCAGGCUCUGAAGGCUUCUUUUGUCAAGAAGGACCAGAAGCUGAAAAAACAUGGUAGGUCGCAGAAGUCAGAAGUCUUCUAUUCUGAUGAGGAGAAACAUCAGAAGGGAAAGGAGAAGUAUGACAAGAGAAUGGUUCAGUGUUACUGUUGUAAUAGGUUUGGCCACUUUGCUAAAGAUUGUUGGUCAAACAAAGAAGAAGCAAAAAUAGCCAGAGGAGAUUCUGAUGAUGAACCUGUGCUAUUAAUGGCUUAUGAAUCUGAUGAGGAACCUGUGAAAUCAAAAGAUGACUUUGAAGAUUCUGGAGAAGAUUCAGAAUCUAAGGCUUCUGAAGAUAAGUCAGAACUUGAAAGUUCUGAAGGCAAAAUCUUUGGUGGUCAUGCUUCUGGAAGGGAAAAAUCUGAAGACAUAGGUUCUGGAGGACAAGCUUCUAAAGAUGAUCAUGUUUCUAGUGUUAAUCAUGACGUUGAAGGUGGAACUUCUGAAGGCGGAGCUUCUGAAGGUAGUCCAGCUUCUGACGGUGGUCAUGAUUCUGAAAGAAAAGAUUCUGAAGUUGGAACUUCUGAAGGCAGAGCUUCUGAAGGUGAUCCAACUUCUAAAGGUGGUGGUCUUUGUCGCCCUCGUCUUGAACAAGACCCAGAAGUUAACAAAGGUGGAACUUCUGGUGGUAGUAAAACUUCCGAAGAAAAUCCAGAAGGAGAUAUGGUUCCAGAAUCAGAAGGAGAUUUUGAACUAUUGGGUAUUGAAGAAGCACUCGAUAAGAAAGGUUGGCUGAAUGCCAUAAAAGAAGAACUUGAGGCUUUAGAAGGAAACAAGACUUGGAAGUUAACUACGCUUCCAAAGGAGAAGAAAACCAUCAGCGUCCGAUGGGUUUUUAAGGAGAAAUCUGCAUUACUAAAUGGAGUAUCAGAAGUUGCACACUGUAGCAACCAGAAGAAACUUGUAGAUGUUCUGAUGAAUGAUGUCAAGACUGUACACCUUAUCCGUUUGAGGGAUGGAGUUGGUGUUGUAGAUUCUGGCUAA